AUGAAAUCAUCAUUUAUAAAAAUAAAAAUAAAACAUUUUCAUGAAAUUAGGGCAAAAGUACAAACUGAAACUAAUGAUGCCCUAAAUGAAAAUGAAAUCUCUGCAAUAAAGAAGAGUGGCUUUAGGGGCCACGUAGACGUUAGUUACAAAAGCUCUGAGUCUUUAGCCCUCUGCCCUCUUCAACAGUACUUUACGACAAUGAAAAAGAUCGUGAUGCGUAAAUUACGAUCCUCUGUUUCUCACUGCAUGCUCGUUACCCAACCACUAUGUAAAUGUGACCUUAUGUUCAUGUAG